UGAAUGCUUUGGCCUGUGUUUUAGAAAAACCUUUAUUUUGAAAGGUCCAACCGGAAGCUCUCUCCUCACAUCCGGGAGUGUUGACGUUGAUGUUUAAUGGUUAACUUCGAGCCAUGACUGAACUCGAGAAGCAGUGGAUGGUGGGUGCUGACUGUCAGGCAGUGUGGGAGGAGGACGGGCAGCUGUAUCCGGCGAAGGUGGUGUCUCUGAAUGGAGGGCGCUGCAGAGUCAGGUUCCAUGGCCUCGGCGUGGAGGAGGAAGUGGAACUGAGCGCGCUCCAAAGUCCAGAUGCUGCUGUGCAACCACAGAGACAAAACUCUCAGCAGAACUGGAGAGCUGGUUCUCGGUGUCAGGCCAUUUCUUCAGGGAGAGGUCUGGUGUAUCCGGCCGUGGUUCUGUGGGUCAGAGGUCAGCGCUGCUGCGUUCGCUGCAACAACUGUAACUGUGAUGAGGAACUGGACGUCUGCAGCCUGCUGAGACGCCGCAAAGCCCGUCGGGCCAAGCGCGCCAGCAGACGGAGGCCGACCGUCAUCAUCAACUCUGACUUGAAGAGGAAGAGGAGGAGGAGGAAGGAGAACCAGGAGGAAGGAGGAGCAGAGAGGAAGGAGGAGAACCAGGAGGAAGGAGGAGCAGAGAGGAGGGAGGAGAACCAGGAGGAAGGAGGAGCAGAGAGGAGGGAGGGGCAGCGCUGCUCUUCAUAUGAGCAGAACUGGAGAGCUGGUUCUCGGUGUCAGGCCAUUUCUUCAGAGAGAGGUCUGGUGUAUCCGGGCGUGGUUCUGUGGGUCAGAGGUCAGCGCUGCUGCGUUCGCUGUGACAGCUGUGACUGUGAAGUGGAACUGGACGUCUGCAGCCUGGUGAGACGCCGCAAAGCCCGUCGGGCCAAGCGCGCCAGCAGACGGAGGCCGACCGUCAUCAGCAACUCUGACUUGAAGAGGAAGAGGAGGAGGAGGAAGGAGAACCAGGAGGAAGGAGGAGCAGAGAGGAGGGAGGAGAACCAGGAGGAGCAGAGAGGAGGGAGGAGAACCAGGAGGAAGGAGGAGCAGAGAGGAGGGAGGAGAACCAGGAGAGAGGAGAACCAGGAGGAAGGAGGAGCAGAGAGGAGGGAGGAGAACCAGGAGGAAGCAAGAGCAGAGAGGAGGGAGGGGCAGCGCUGCUCUUCAUAUCAGCAGAACUGGAGAGCUGGUUCUCGGUGUCAGGCCAUUUCUUCAGGGAGAGGUCUGGUGUAUCCGGGCGUGGUUCUGUGGGUCAGAGGUCAACGCUGCUGCGUUCGCUGCGACAGCUGUGACUGUGAAGUGGAACUGGACGUCUGCAGCCUGGUGAGACGCCGCAAAGCCCGUCGGGCCAAGCGCGCCAGCAGACGGAGGCCGACCGUCAUCAGCAACUCUGACUUGAAGAGGAAGAGGAGGAGGAGGAAGGAGAACCAGGAGGAAGGAGGAGCAGAGAGGAGGGAGGAGAACCAGGAGGAAGGAGGAGCAGAGAGGAGGGAGGAGAACCAGGAGGAAGCAGGAGCAGAGAGGAGGAAGGAGAACCAGGAGGAAGGAGGAGCAGAGAGGAGGGAGGAGAACCAGGAGGAAGGAGGAGCAGAGAGGAGGGAGGGGCAGCGCUGCUCUUCAUAUGAGCAGAACUGGAGAGCUGGUUCUCGGUGUCAGGCCAUUUCUUCAGGGAGAGGUCUGGUGUAUCCGGGCGUGGUUCUGUGGGUCAGAGGUCAGCGCUGCUGCGUUCGCUGUGACAGCUGUGACUGUGAAGUGGAACUGGACGUCUGCAGCCUGGUGAGACGCCGCAAAGCCCGUCGGGCCAAGCGCGCCAGCAGACGGAGGCCGACCGUCAUCAGCAACUCUGACUUGAAGAGGAAGAGGAGGGGGAGGAAGGAGAACCAGGAGGAAGGAGGAGCAGAGAGGAAGGAGGAGAACCAGGAGGAAGCAGGAGCAGAGAGGAGGGAGGAGAACCAGGAGGAAGGAGGAGCAGAGAGGAGGAAGGAGAACCAGGAGGACGGAGGAGCAGAGAGGAGGGAGGGGCAGCGCUGCUCUUCAUAUGAGCAGAACUGGAGAGCUGGUUCUCGGUGUCAGGCCAUUUCUUCAGGGAGAGGUCUGGUGUAUUCAGGCGUGGUUCUGUGGGUCAGAGGUCAGCGCUGCUGCGUUCGCUGCGACAGCUGUAACUGUGAUGAGGAACUGGACGUCUGCAGCCUGGUGAGACGCCGCAAAGCCCGUCGGGCCAAGCGCGCCAGCAGACGGAGGCCGACCGUCAUCAUCAACUCUGACUUGAAGAGGAAGAGGAGGGAGAACCAGGAGGAAGGAGGAGCAGAGAGGAGGAGGGAGAAGAACCAGGAGGAAGGAGGAGCAGAGAGGAGGGAGGAGAACCAGGAGGAGCAGAGAGGAGGGAGGAGAACCAGGAGGAAGGAGGAGCAGAGAGGAGGGAGGAGAACCAGGAGGGAGGAGAACCAGGAGGAGCAGAGAGGAGGGAGGAGAACCAGGAGGAGCAGAGAGGAGGGAGGAGAACCAGGAGGAAGUAGCAGUGGAAUGAGGAGCUGAAAGGCUUUCAUAGAUAAAGUUUCCUGUUCAAAUGUUUCUUUGAAAUUAAAGUUGGGACAGAAUUCCGUCUCUGAAGUUAUUACAGCAGUGAAAUGUCUUGUUUGAAGUGAAAUUCUUUGACAGUCUGAAAACUUAGUAACUUUUUUGUCUUUCAGUUUUUUUGCUUGGGAGCCAGACAGAAUUAUGCGAAGAGACUAAGCUGUAACGUCCUUCAUCCAAAGUAGCAUUUGUACAUUUUUUGUAUCUUUAAAGACCUUUAUUUGUUGUUGGAUGUUUCAGCAGUCUGUGUGUAGAAACACUGUUUACUUUGUGUUGACGCUGCUGACAAAAACAGCAUCAACCAGCACCAAAACACAACAUAUGCUGGUCUUUCUAGUGACUGUUCACCACCAAGACCAGCAUAUGUUGUGUUUUGGUGCUGGUUUUAGAGCUGAUCUCUGCUAGUUUUUUCAGCAGGGGAGAGUUUCAGGGUAGUUCUAUGAAUCUGAACUUUCCAAUUAGAAAUGAAACAAACAAGUGUUUUAUUAUUAAACGGAAAGAUGGAUCCUAAAAUCUGUUGUCAACUUGAAAAUAAUUAAAGAAUGAAGAUGUUUUCUCUC